AUGGAAACGUGGCUAGCGCAGACCUGGAACAGAGACAAGCUGGUCAACGAGGAAGCACGUGUAGAGCUGGUCAACGAGGAAGCACGUGCAGAGCUGGUCAACGAGGAAGCACGUGUAGAGCUGGUCAACGAGGAAGCACGUGUAGAGCUGGUCAACGAGGAAGCACGUGUAGAGCUGGUCAACGAGGAAGCAGGUGUAGAGCUGGUCAACGAGGAAGCACGUGUAGAGCUGGUCAACGAGGAAGCACGUGUAGAGCUGGUCAACGAGGAAGCACGUGUAGAGCUGGUCAACGAGGAAGCACGUGUAGAGCCGGUCAACGAGGAAGCACGUGUAGAGCCGGUCAACGAGGAAGCACGUGUAGAGCCGGUCAACGAGGAAGCACGUGUAGAGCCGGUCAACGAGGAAGCACGUGUAGAGCCGGUCAACGAGGAAGCACGUGUAGAGCCGGUCAACGAGGAAGCACGUGUAGAGCCGGUCAACGAGGAAGCACGUGUAGAGCCGGUCAACGAGGAAGCACGUGUAGAGCCGGUCAACGAGGAAGCACGUGUAGAGCCGGUCAACGAGGAAGCACGUGUAGAGCCGGUCAACGAGGAAGCACGUGUAGAGCCGGUCAACGAGGAAGCACGUGUAGAGCCGGUCAACGAGGAAGCACGUGUAGAGCCGGUCAACGAGGAAGCACGUGUAGAGCCGGUCAACGAGGAAGCACGUGUAGAGCCGGUCAACGAGGAAGCACGUGUAGAGCCGGUCAACGAGGAAGCACGUGUAGAGCCGGUCAACGAGGAAGCACGUGUAGAGCCGGUCAACGAGGAAGCACGUGUAGAGCCGGUCAACGAGGAAGCACGUGUAGAGCCGGUCAACGAGGAAGCACGUGUAGAGCCGGUCAACGAGGAAGCACGUGUAGAGCCGGUCAACGAGGAAGCACGUGUAGAGCCGGUCAACGAGGAAGCACGUGUAGAGCUGGUCAACGAGGAAGCACGUGCAGAGCUGGUCAACGAGGAAGCACGUGUAGAGCUGGUCAACGAGGAAGCACGUGCAGAGCUGGUCAACGAGGAAGCACGUGCAGAGCUGGUCAACGAGGAAGCACGUGCAGAGCUGGUCAACGAGGAAGCACGUGUAGAGCUGGUCAACGAGGAAGCACGUGUAGAGCUGGUCAACGAGGAAGCACGUGUAGAGCUGGUCAACGAGGAAGCACGUGUAGAGCUGGUCAACGAGGAAGCAGACUGUCUAACCCACAGACAGAGGAACAGAGGGGCGGACGGAGAGGCGGACGGAGGGGCGGACGGAGAGGCGGACGGAGAGGCGGACGGAGAGGCGGACGGAGAGGCGGACGGAGAGGCGGACGGAGGGGCGGACGGAGAGGCGGACGGAGAGGCGGACGGAGAGGCGGACGGAGAGGCGGACGGAGAGGCGGACGGAGGGGCGGACGGAGAGGCGGACGGAGGGGCGGACGGAGGGGCGGACGGAGAGGCGGACGGAGAGGCGGACGGAGAGGCGGACGGAGAGGCGGACGGAGAGGCGGACGGAGAGGCGGACGGAGGGGCGGAGACAGACAGAGGGGGCACAGGAAAUGUUCCAUCAGGCUAUGCGGUGCCCCCCAUGGUGAGUCUGGAAGUAGUUCCUCUAUUCAACAGGGAGAAGUACGAGAAGAGGCUGAUUGGCCAGUUCUUCAACCAAUCAGACAGUCCCAAAGACAUGCCAAAAUCUGACCCCAAGGAGCCUCCUCCAAUAAAAGUCAAGCCCUCCAACCCUCCUGCUGCCCGAUUGGCUGAGGACAGCAGCAGCCUGGAGUGCCGACCAAUGAGAUCUCUGGAUCUGGGCUUCACCAGCAAGAAAGGAGGGAAGACACUGAAGAAGCGAAAACUAAGCCUUAAAGAAACGUAA